CCUUCUUCAAUUCAAUAGUCGGCUUUUACUUCUUUUUCGCUCGUUUCUCUCUUUGGCUGCUUAUCCCUGUUUCCGGAACAAGUGAUAGAACAGAAACUUCAAGAGAAAGAAGGAUCUUUUUACUCAACUGGAAUAACUAUCUGACGAGCGAGAAUAUGGAGAAGGCACCAGAUAUAGGGGUCCCUGAAAAGGAAGAAGUCGAAUCCCCCCCUCUCAGCAGUCCUGACUCUCCACGGGAUGAUGAGGAUGGCCAUUGGGGCGAACGUGGUUAUCAUGGAGCCGAGAGCAGAGAGAAGGCUAUGGAGGACUUCGCUGAGCUGAGAAAUACCCUGUCGGCACUCUCAAGAACACGAAGUGGGCGAGAAAUGAAAUCAAGUUCGCGCAGAUCUGCCAGCCUUCCACGUAGGGAAGGCAGCAGAUUGCGGCAGCAGCUUCAUCGCUUCAGCUCUGCACGCCAUGAGGUAUCAAGAGACACGGAGAGCACCUUAGAUGAAGACGACUUCGAGAAGCAAGAUGAAAAAGAGGAUGACUUCGAGUUGUCCGAGUUUAUGAGAGAAGGUCAUUUUGAGAAGCAAGUGGAUGGUCGCUCGACAAAACGCAUUGGAGUGACGUGGAAAAAUCUCACGGUAAAAGGUGCGGGUACGACGUCAAAGACAACGAAGACUUUACCCGACGCGAUUUUGGGAACCUUUGGCCCUGACCUGUACCGUAUCAUCACUCGUUUUAUACCGCGACUGAAACUUCAACGACAUACGCAGCUGCGGACGCUUAUCCAUGACUUCACUGGAAUCGUUCGGCCUGGAGAAAUGAUGCUCGUUUUGGGAAGGCCAGGCUCAGGAUGCUCUACGUUCCUUAAGUGCAUCGCCAAUUACCGCGAGGGGUACGCCGAGGUGUCUGGCGAGGUGUCGUAUGGCGGUAUCGAUGCUAAGGAGCAAAAAAAACAUUUUCGAGGCGAAGUGAGCUAUAAUCCUGAGACCGAUUUGCAUUUUGCAACCCUUACUGUCUGGCAAACGCUCAAAUUCUCGCUCAUGAAUAAGACGAGGAGACGGGAGAAAGGUGAGAUACCGAUCAUCGUCGAAGCGUUCCUCAAGAUAUUUGGCAUCACGCACACCCGCGACACCUUGGUUGGAGAUGAAUAUGUACGCGGUGUGUCUGGCGGCGAAAGAAAGCGCGUUUCCAUCGCAGAGACGUUGUCGACGAAGAGCACGGUGACCUGUUGGGACAACUCCACCCGUGGGCUGGACAGUUCAACGGCUCUCGAUUAUGCAAAGUCUUUGAGAAUUAUGACAGAUAUUUCAGCGCGAUCCACCUUGGUUACACUGUACCAAGCCGGCGAAGGCAUAUAUGAGCUAAUGGACAAAGUAAUGGUCAUCGAUUCGGGUCGGUGCAUAUUCCUCGGCCGAGCCAGUGAAGCAAAGAAGUACUUUAUCGAUCUUGGAUAUCAUUGCCCGGAGCGCCAAACCACGCCGGAUUUCCUAACAUCAGUGACCGACCCAAGCGAACGAAAAUUCCGCGAAGGGUUCGAAAAUUCAGCGCCUCGAGGUCCAGUUGAGCUUGAAAAAGCUUUCAGAGACUCCGAGUACUUCCAAAAGGUCCUUGCUGAUAUCGAAGAUUAUUGUCGCAGCCAGAAGGAGUCGGACUUCGCGGACGCCCGUCAAUUUGCUCAAACGGCGAGAGAACUGAAGAGCAAAACCGUGACGAAAAAGAGCGUGUACACCGUCAGCUUCAUAAGACAGGUCUACGCUUGUACACUCCGAGAGAUUUGGCUCAUCUGGGGGGACAAGCCCACGCUGUACACAAAGUUCUUCAUUGUGAUUGCGAAUGCACUCAUCGUUGGGUCUUUGUUCUAUGGCGAAGCUUUGAAUACUUCUGGAGCCUUCAGCAGAGGUGGUGCCGUGUUCUUCUCCAUUGUUUUCCUUGGCUGGCUCCAGCUCUCCGAACUAAUGAAGGCCGUCAGCGGACGUGAUGUAGUUGCUAGACACAGGGAAUAUGCUUUCUAUCGGCCCUCUGCCGUGAGCGUCGCACGAGCUGUGGUGGACUUCCCGUUUCUGUUGAUCCAAGUCAUACCUUUUGCAAUCAUCAUGUAUUUCUUGACCCAACUUGACGUAAGCGCGGGAAAAUUUUGGAUCUAUUUUCUGUUCGUAUAUACGAUGACAAUCGUCCUCACAGCAAUGUAUCGCAUGUUCGCUGCCUUGAGUCCUACCGUUGACGAUGCCGUUCGAUUCGCUGGCACAGCUUUAAACUUGCUUGUCAUCUACGUCGGAUAUGUUAUUCCCAAGCCUCAACUGACAGGAGACUACAUAUGGUUCGGUUGGCUAUAUUAUGUUAAUCCAAUAUCCUACGUGUUCGAAGCGGUUCUUACGAACGAAUUCAGCGAUCGCACCAUGGAAUGUGCACCACAGAAUCUUGUGCCUCAGGGACCUGGUGUCAAUCCAGAGUUUCAGGGUUGCACCUUGACCGGAUCGCCACCCAAUUCACACAACGUUUCAGGUGCCUCGUACGUGGGAACAACCUACAGCUAUACCCGUGCCCACCUGUGGCGCAAUUUCGGCGUUGCUGUUGCCUUUGGGAUUUUGUACCUUUUGGUGACAGUAGUCAGUGUUGAGAUGAUUAGCUUUAAUGACGGUGGGGCUGGUGCACUCGUCUUCAAGAACACCUGGUUCUGGAAGAAGAAGGAGACAGCUGUCACAGUGAAUGAUGAAGAGAAGGCAAUACCAGAUGGUGCAUCCGUUGAUUCAAGGGCAGAUCAAGAACAUGAGAAUGGUGGCCAGAAUGAGCGUGAGGCUUUGUCCUCUCUUGCCAAAAGUGAAAGCAUAUUCACAUGGCGCAACGUCGAGUACACCGUGCCUUUCCGUGGUGGGCAGAAAAAACUUCUUAACGGAGUAUCAGGGUAUGCCAAACCUGGCAAGAUGGUGGCGUUGAUGGGAGCAUCUGGCGCAGGAAAAACCACGCUGUUGAACACGCUAUCUCAAAGACAGACUGUCGGCGUGGUGUCAGGAGACAUGCUGGUCGAUGGAGAAAAGCUUGGGCCUGAUUUCCAACGCGGUACUGGUUUCUGCGAGCAAAUGGAUCUUCAUGAUGGAACCGCCACCAUCCGUGAGGCCCUUGAAUUCUCAGCGAUUCUCCGCCAGGAGCGGGAGGUGCCGAGGGCAGAGAAAAUUGCCUAUGUUGAUACCAUCAUUGACCUGCUUGAGCUCAACAACGUGCAGGACGCGCUGAUAAGCAGCCUAGACGUAGAACAGAAAAAGCGACUUACCAUCGGCGUAGAGCUUGCGGCAAAACCAAGUCUUCUGCUCUUCUUAGAUGAGCCGACCAGUGGACUGGAUUCGAACAGCGCAUAUUCGAUUGUCAGAUUUCUGAAGAAACUUGCGGCGGCGGGUCAGGCAAUUGUUUGCACGAUCCACCAACCCUCGUCUGUUCUUAUACAGCAGUUUGAUAUGAUUCUUGCACUCAACCCGGGUGGUAACACGAUCUACUUUGGUCCAGUUGGUGAGAAUGGCAAGAACGUUAUAGAUUAUUUUGCACAACGAGGAGUGCAAUGCCCUCCGAACAAAAAUGUUGCAGAAUUCAUUCUCGAAACUGCUGCCAAGGGCACAAAAGGCAAGAACGGACGCAGGAUCAAUUGGAAUGAGGAAUGGAAGAACUCGGACAAUGCGAAGGAGGUGCUUGCAGAGAUUGAUCGCGUGUGUCAGACAAGAUCGGGCCAAAACCGAGACAAGGGAGAUGCAAAGCUCAUGAGAGAAUUUGCCGCUCCAAUUUGGCUGCAGACAACGAUGCUGACCAAACGUGUCUUUACCCAGUACUGGCGGGAUCCCAGCUAUCUCUACGGAAAGCUGUUCGUGUCUGUCAUCAUUGGAAUCUUCAACGGUUUUACGUUUUGGAAACUGGGUGACAGUAUCCAAGACAUGCAAAACCGCAUGUUCACCAUCUUUCUCGUCGUGGUUUUCCCUCCAACUUUUGUCAACGCAGUGGUACCGAAAUUUUACCAAAACAUGGCUUUGUGGAAAGCACGCGAGCUCCCCUCCCGCAUCUAUGGAUGGAUACCGUUCUGCACUGCAAUGAUCGUCGCUGAGAUUCCGAUUGCCAUCCUCUCUGGCACAAUCUACUGGGCCCUUUGGUACUGGCCGACGGGUUUGCCAACAAACGGCUUUGCUAGCGGCUACACGUACUUGAUGGUCGUGCUGUUCUUCAUCUUCCAGAGUUCGUGGGGCCAGUGGAUCUGCGCAUUCGCACCAUCGUUCACUGUGAUUAGCAAUGUGCUUCCAUUUUUCUUCGUCAUGUUCGGCUUAUUCAACGGGAUCGUCCGUCCUUACUCCGACUUGCCGACCUUCUGGAAGUAUUGGAUGUAUUGGGUGAACCCGUCCACAUACUAUAUGGGCGGUGUGCUUGCCGCAACGCUUCACAACCAGUCUAUCAAAUGCACCACCGCGGAAACCGCACAGUUCAACGUGCCAGCCGGUGAGACUUGCGCAAGCUAUGCAGGGGCGUUCGCGCGAUCAGCUGGAGGAUACUUGCUGAACCCGGACGCGACGACUGGUUGCCAGUACUGUCCCUAUUCUAUAGGAGACCAAUACCUGACAACGCUUAACAUCCGCUACAGCGACGUGUGGAGAAACUUUGGCAUAUUUUUGGCGUUUUGCAUCAGCAACUGGGCCUUGGUUUACUUCUUUAUUUGGAGCGUCCGGAUCAAAGGCUGGAGUUUUGGAUUCGGUUCUUUGUCUGGCAUGGCAGGCAAGGCCGUGCUCAAGGCUAAAAGCUUGUUUUCGCCAAGAAAGAAGGCUGAUGGGCAAGAGUAAAAAGGCGAUGCCAGAGCGCCAUUUGCGGGCGUCUGAGCGGGGAACAGGAAAAUUAUUCAGCUAUUGGCUGCUUGUGUGCUCAACCGGGCCUGCCCUGCCUUGCCACGUACAAGUGGUACGAUUUAGAACUUACCAUUCAGUCGGGCAUUUCUUGAUGGCCUUCACUUAAACCUAAUCUAUCUCGGCUCGCACAUGCCGAAGCGGCAUGGAACAUUUCGGCUCAAGGGCCGACGAAAUUAAGUGGAGUCAUCUCCAGACUGGGAAAGCGGCAUUGCAGGUCAUGCCAGACACAAAAAAAAGUGGUAGAUAGAGAAUCAAAAAUGCGAGCUGCAAGAGGCCAC